AUGAGAAAUAGAUCUCCAAAACUAAAAGAAAAAGCUCUUUAUUACUCAAGAGAUAAUGAACCUAUUCCUAAACCUUUUGUCAAGUUGAUUGAAAAGUAAAAGGAAAAACAAGAUUAAAAGUGGAAUCGUUAUUAAGAUGCUAAAUUCUCUACUCCCUAAAAUCUAUAUUCCAGUCCAACCAAAAGACCAAUAUUUACUUCUCCUAAUAAUUUCACUGUCCCUAAAAAACUCUUUUUUCCAACUACUCCAUCACAUACAUAGAAUCUAACUCCUAAUAAAAUAGAAUUCUAAAAUUUUGACUAUUCUCAUUAAUCUGUUAAAUUGAGUUAAUAAAAUGAAAUUAAAUCACCAGAUUAAUCAUAAAUCAAACUUGUUAAUUAAGAAAAUGUUGAAAUCUAAAUUGCAUAGAUUAAUAAUUAAGAUGAUCAAGUAGAUAUCCAUCAAUAAUAAGAAUAUAUCAAUCCACAAGAAGUGUAAGCAUCAUUAAACUAUUCUAAUUAAAUCAUAACUUAAUAAUAAUUAAUUAUAGAAGAAAAUAAAUUAUAAGAACCACUUAAUUAAAUUACAAUUAUAAAUGAGGAAAUCAAUAAAUAUUCAUAAGGAAUUCAAAUUAAAAUUACUGAAGUAUCAUGUUUAAAAAAUGUCCAUACAUAAUAAUUUAUUAAAUUGCUCUACUAAAUCCAUGAAAUUUUAGGUUAGAUAGAAAAUUCAAAAGAUAAAUAAAAAAUUACAUUAAAAUCUAAAAUUUUAUAAGAUCUAAUUGCUUUCUUUGCAACAGUUCUUCCAGAAUUAGAAUGUAAAAUAAUAUAAGAAUUAGUCUAAACAUCCAUAUCAUUAGCAAAUAAAAAAUUACUAGCACUUUGA